AAGAUAUAAAACUUGUCAGUACAGUGCCAAUCUCGAAGAACUAAGUUCCAUGCCAGCAAAUAUGGCCACGUCAAUGUUACUUUUAGGCUUAAUUGUUAUAAUUUGCACAAGCGUCAGUCUCACCUAUGCUACUUCUUCGCAGCCUAAUGUUAUCUUCAUUAUGGGUGAUGACCAGGGCUACAGAGAUAUAGGCUACCAUGGCUCGCUUUUUAAAACUCCCAUCAUGGAUAAGCUGGCUGAAGAAGGUGUGAAGCUAGAAAACUACUACGUUCAAUUCUUCUGUACGCCAACGAGAGCCCAACUAAUGACAGGGCGAUACCAGAUUCGAAUGGGAUUACAGAAUGGUGUCUUGGAUCAGGAUCAGAAGGCCUGCUUGCCUCUGGACGAAGUUACAUUAGCAGAAAAAAUGCAAGAAGCUGGCUACUCCACCCAUUUGAUUGGCAAAUGGCAUCUCGGACUCUACCGCGAAGGAUGUCUGCCAAAUAACAGGGGAUUUGAUACAUUCUUUGGAUUUCUGCAAGGGGCAGAGUAUUUUUUCUCGCACGAUACCCCCAAGGGACAGUUAGAUUUUUAUCGAGAUUUUGAACCUCAGUGGCAGUACAACGGCAGCUAUGCGACACACCUUUACACCGAUGAGGCGAUUGAUCUAAUUAAUAACAAAGACCCAGAUAAACCGAUGUUCAUGUGGCUAUCUCACCAAGCACCUCAUGCUCCCCUUGAGGUACCCCAACAGUACUCAGAACCUUAUCGUGAUAUCAUUGAGGACGACAAUCGUAGAACAUAUGCCGGUAUGAUGGCCUGUAUGGACGAAGGCAUUGGUAAUGUAACAGAGGCCCUCAAAGCCAAUGGAAUUUACGAUAAUACAAUUAUCAUCUAUACAACUGAUAACGGUGGACCAGUGUGGAAUUCUGCCUACAACUGGCCUCUUCGUGCAUUCAAAGGAUCUCUGUUUGAGGGGGGAAUACGCGGUGUCGGUUUUGUCCACAGUCCAUUGCUCUCUGAUAAAGUAAAAGGAACAGUGAGUUAUGAACUGAUUCACGUCAGCGAUUGGUUGCCUACGCUCGUGGAAGGAAUCGCUGGAUGGACCACAGAGGGAACACUGCCGCUGGACGGUAUAAAUCAGUGGGAGACAAUAAGGGAUGGAAGAAGUUCCAGACGUAUCGAACUUUUACACAACAUUGACCCCCUGACAGUAUUGACUGAGGGAGGGGAGAGUUGGAGUGACAGCCCAUUUGAUGUUAGGAUCAAAGCUGCCAUCCGUCUUGGAAACUGGAAACUACUUACAGGAGAUAACGGUGAAGCUGGCUGGUUCGCACCACCAGGUGUUGCUGGAUUGGAUACUGAAGAAGGUGACGUAGGUGACAUUGUUCGAUUGUACAACGUCAAACGCGACCCCGAAGAACGAAACAAUCUUGCUAGCAAAUACAGGAUCCUUGUAAAAUGCUUGUUGAGAAAACUUGCACGCUACUACGAAGAGUCAGUUGAACCAAUUUACACUCCUCAUUUUCCUGAAGAAGCUGACCCUUGUAAAAACGGGAAUAAUUGUGUGUGGGGUCCAUGGGCUACUGAGGAAUAAAAUAGUAAUAAUAUAUUUUAUAGAGUUAAUAACAGUAGUUGUUCAGUUUAAUGCUAUAUACUCGCAUUCAGUUACUAAAAAAUGUUCAAUAUAAAUGAAAAGAAAUACAUGAAAAGAUUCAAAAUUUACAAUGAAGAGAAAGUUGCUGCUGAUGGGAAGAGGUCAACAGGGGUACACUAUAUUUCAUUAAAUAAUGUUUUUCCUUUAUUUGUUGUAUACUAACAUACCGCAUAUUAAACGUCUAUAUAAGCUGCAACUACAACAGAUAAAUGUUCUUAGAGAAGUAGUAUAUAUAUAAUGACGAUAAAAACCCGUGUACGGUGCCAGUGAAUGUGAUUAAUGAUAGCUUAGAAAGGAACCACCCCAAACCUGUCCGACGAAUUACCCAAAUGAUAGGAAAUUACCCAUUAUUAUGAUACCCAAAUGAUACGGAAUAUACCCAAAUGGUACGCAAUUACCCAAAUGAUAUCCAAAUGGUACGCAAUUACCCAAAUGAUACGGAAUUACUAAAAUUAUACCUUAAUGAUGGGGAAUUACCCUAAUGAUACGGAAUUACACAAAUGAUAGGGAAUUUAACUAAAUCAUAGCCCAAAUGACUCUGUUAAUUCGUUUAUAUUUAACUAAAAAUUAAAUAUGAUGUUAGUAGCCCCAGGCUUAUAGCAAAUAAAUAGAAUUUAUUAUAAUAAUUUCUAACAUAGGAAUAGGCCUUUAUAGACUGAUAUAAUAGGCAUAAAGCAUCAUAAUUUAUUUAUUUUUUAUUUAUUUGUUUAUUCAAGACCCAACAGUGUGUCAAAACACAAAAACCAGCGUCGCCAUAAAAAUACAAUUUGAUAUUUAUUAUCAUUAUUAUAUUAUUUAUUCAUCUAUUUUUUUUAUUGCUACUAUUAUUAUUGUUAUUAUUUUAUUAUUAUUAUCCGUAUUAAUAAUCGGCAUAUUAAAUACUGUUUAUUUUAAUUAAUAGUAGAAUCUUAAGAUACCUUUAUAGAAUACGGUAAUGUAUAUUGUAUGAAUAUAAAACAAGAUAAUAUACACAAAUAUUACGGAUUUAUUUAGGGGCAUUCAAAGUGGCUAUACAUUCAAUUUUUUUUAAUUUUUUUUUUAUGAAUUUAGCACUUUGAAAUUAAGCAGGUGUACUACUGUUAUUUCUGGUGAACGUUUUUUUGGCGGAAUGUUUACCGUAUUUCAGAUUGGCAAACUAAUAUGUUUUUCUGAAAGAUAAGACAAUCUUGCAAGAAAUGACAUGAUAACAAACUAUUUAUUUCACACCGGAAACACCCAACCACUUAUUCUUGAAUAUAUCAAUAUCGUAUGGGGUGUCAUUGUGCGAAAAAAAAGAUGAAAUGGAGUUGACAUUGAAAUGGGUGAUUCUGAUUGGUCUAUAUUUCAACAAAGUGUGAUACUGUGGAGUGUAAUAAAUUUAAAACUUGAAUUUGAACAUUCCACUUUUAAUAAUAAUAAUAAUUAAUUGUCACCUUACCGGGGUUUUUGGCACGAGUUACAAUUGCAUUAUUGGAAUUAUAGUAGAAUGAGUUACAAUUGAAUUAUUACUAAUUUAUAACAAUAUGUACAAUAAAAAAUACAAUUCAUUUAUGAUAUGAAAUAAAGAAGUGUAAUUAAAACAACAGACGUUUUACAUGUUCCCGA